AUGGCUCUUCCGUGUAUAUCUACCAUAUUCAACAAUGAUGAACAUUAUGUACCCUAUGGCUGCCGUUCUGACUCAUAUAUAUCGACUUGUUCGCCCACGUCAACCGAUUCUGGCUAUGACGGGUCGUCUACGCGCUCUUGCGAACCCCAAAGUAUACGGUCAUGUGAUAGCAGUGAAGAGGAUGAUCUCAGCAGAUAUAGCCUGGCAUCAGAAGAGUCAGAGCUUCUACCUAUUCAAUAUAGCUUCAUCAAGAAUUUAGGAUCUGGAAGUUUUGGAGAAGUUAGCCUGAUUGAAAAUCCCCUUAGUCGUACGGUCGUUUCUGCUCGAAAAAUAGCUUUGAAACGUAUACGAUUAUCAAGAUUGAAUGCAAAACAGAAAGAGGAGGUAAACUAUGAGGUGGGAGUUUCAUUCACCGCUACAUACCAUACAGUUAUGCUGCAAGAAACUCUGACCAAAACUAGUAAUAACUACAUUGUGCACUGUUACGGUUCACGUGAUGAUCACGUCUCGAAUGAAAAGCACAUCUAUCUGGAAUAUGUGGACGGAAGCGAUCUUUUCGAAAUAGCUAUGAAUAAAGGCGGUGUUGGUCGGAGAGCAGCUGUUCACUACUUCCGUCAGCUCCUCAAAGGACUUGCCUUUUUACAUGAACUCUACGUUGCUCAUCGUGAUAUCAAGCCCGAAAAUAUUUUGAUUGAUAAGCGAGGAAAUCUCAAAAUCGCUGAUUUUGGUUUAGCUGAUUGCUAUCGUGAAUCGGACGAUGAGCCUGAUCGUCGGCUAUCGCGGAUAUGUGGCUCUUACGAAUAUCUUUCACCGCAAGUAUUCGAGAAUGACUACAGUGGACCAAAAAACGAUAUAUGGUCAGCCGGUAUUGUUCUGAUCGUAAUGCUCACAGGCGAUCUAGCAUGGGAUCGAGCUGACAGCAGUGACCUUAGCUACAUUCUUUGGGAAAGGAGUAAAUUGCCACCACUGUUCAAGAGGUUCGACCAAUCAACUUUAGACAUAAUUACUGAUGCUCUUGAUAUCGAUGAAGAUCGACGUCCAACUGCUCAACAAUUACUGAAGCAUCCAUGGUUACAUUCACCAUCAAAAAGAAGCUUCAACAACGGCAGUGAUGAUGAAAAUGAAAGAACGGUGAAACGCUCAAAAUUUUAUCAUCGAUGA